AUGAAGCUUUCCUUGCUUACAUGUUUGUUGCUCCUCUCCAUCUCUAGCAUAUCAUGCAAUGCUAAUUACCAAACUAACAACCUCAUUAAGAAGUUGAUUAAGUCUGGCAAAUCUGCUGGAAACCCUAAAUCAUUGGAUGGCUUAUACUCUCCUGUGUACGUUGGCUCCCAAGAAGGGUUAAUGGAGGCUGAUAAGAUUGAGGCUUUGCCAGGGCAACCUGCUGGAGAAGUAAAUUUCAAUCAAUAUGCAGGCUAUGUUACUGUGGACCCUACAGCUGGGAGAGCUUUGUUCUAUUACUUUGUCGAGGCAAAUAAUUCUUCAAGCAAUCCUCUGGUGCUAUCGUUACAUGGAGGACCUGGAGGAUGCUCGGCUUUUGGAUAUGGAGCCUUACAAGAACUGGGACCAUUCAGAGUCGGCAACGAUAACAAGACACUAAUUCCUAAUGAUUAUGCUUGGAACAACGCGGCAAACGUCCUCUUCUUGGAGACUCCAUUAGGAACUGGGUUUUCGUAUUCGAACACAUCGUCUGACUACGACACCGUGGGUGAUGAGAUCACGGCCCAGGACUCUUAUGCAUUUCUUGUGAACUGGCUGGAGAGGUUUCCUCAAUACAAAGACAGUGAUUUCUUCAUCACUGGAGAGAGCUAUGCUGGUCAUUACGCACCUGAACUUGCAUACACCAUUCUCUCCAACAACAACAUCACAAACCAAACAAAAAUCAAUCUCAAAGGAGUUGCAAUUGGGAAUCCUUGGAUCGAUGAAAAUACCGCUCUACUGGCCAUUUUUGAUAAUUUGUGGACACAUGCUUUGAACUCUGACGAAACCAAUGCAGGGAUACAUAAAUAUUGUAACCUUACUGACUUCGGAGGUGAGCAAUCCAAAGCGUGUGGUGAAUAUCUGAACCAAGCAUUCGAGGAGGUUGGAGAGGAUAUUGAUCUUUCCAACAUCUACGCUCCAAUUUGCAAAACAUCACAAGAUUCACAACCCAAAUCUGUCUCAACUGCUUCUGUUGAUGAUUUUGAUCCAUGCUCCGUCUCCUAUGUCGAGGGCUAUCUAAACCUUCCCGAGGUGCAGGCAGCUCUUCAUGUUAAACCUACAAAGUGGUCAGCUUGCAGUGAUACUGAUUGGACGGACAGCCCAGACACCAUGCUACCCACAAUACAACAGAUCAUACAAAGUGGGAUAAGUUUUUGGAUAUAUAGUGGAGACACCGAUGGGUUCUUUUCAGUCACAUCUUCUAGAUACGCCCUGCACAUCCUCAACUUACCCAUCAAGACUCCAUGGAGGGCAUGGUACUCUAAUAUUAGAGAGGUUGGAGGAUAUGUGGUUGGGUACGAAGGGUUGACGUUUGCUACUGUGAGGGGAGCUGGGAUCAUGGUUCCCAGCAACCAACCUCAACGAGCACUCACCUUGAUCUCAUCUUUCCUUGAGGGACAGCUUCCUCCUUCCUUCCACUAAUUCCGAGAGAAAAUCAUUUUC